AUGACACCACAGAUUCUGAUCCUCGCCUUGACCGUCGGCCUGGCCUGGUGUGGCCCCCUCACCAACAGAUGUCCCCAGCCAACAGCAACCUACCCCAACCCCGCAGCCUUCCUGUACGGCAGCCCCGACGACUGCCAGACGUUUUUCAUGUGUAGCCAUGGCAACCCUAUCCGUAUGUCAUGUCCAGCCACGACCACCUUCAGCGAGGCUUACCAGACCUGCGUCCACAAGGACAGUCACUACGACACCUGUACACGUGAGAACGCCAUCAGAGAAUGUUCUAGAGGAUCCACCCUUAUCGCUCACCCCACAGCCUGCCAGAGGUACUACAACUGCUCUGACAACACAACGAGGUCUAUGUUCAGCCGAUUCAGUCAGUUUGAGAUGGAGUGUCCCUACCCUCAACUCUUUGACGUCACUGAGAGACGAUGCAAGCCUUACAGAGAGGCCUAUUGUGGCCCUAACAGGGUUGCUGCUACCGACGCCUGCGACUGCUACAACAACCAGUGUGGCACCGCCCACUGCCAGCCUUGCAGGAGCAGGUUCCCCUCAUGUCAGGAUCUAGCUGACGGCAUCCAUAUGUUCAUCUGCCACGGAACACUAACCAAAGACAAUUAAUUAGUUGGAUCCAAACUCAAAAGUUUAAAUAAAAUGUGGGCGUUUACUUUCACAAAAGUGGUAAUUCUGCAAGUGUUACUAAUUGAAGUCUACGGUGCUGACCUCAGAUGCCCAGACAACACACAAAUUGACGUGACGCUUUUCGUCGACUACCCCAACUAUCUUGGCCCCGACAACUGGAACAAGGCGCUCACGUUUUUGGCUGACGUCAUCAAGCAGUUCAAGAUCGGACCCAAUGAUGCCAGAUUUGCUGCCGUCGGAUACACAAUGGGCGCUGCCACGUUGUA